UUUUAUUUUGAAGGGCGGCGCCAGACUUUCCCGCCCUCCCUCCAUCUUGGCGCAGCCAGCUUGACGCAGCGGAGCCUCAAAUGGAGGCAGAGCGGAUCAAUCUGGAGCUUCGGCGGCUGAUUGGGAUCAUGCGGCAGCGCUGACCGCCGUGUCGAAACUCUUCCUGCCGUUUCCAGUUUGAGUCCAGCAGCUUGACGUCCCCCACUGGCCCCCAGUGACCCCCAGUGACCCCCACUGGCCCCCAACCUCCAGGCGAUAGACCGAUCCUGACCUGGAUGAGACGUCUCACCGGUUCCGACUAAUUCCUGGUUCACCACCUCCCUUCUCUCCCUUCCCUCCCCCUUCCUUCUCCCUCCCUCCGUCCUCACCCCCCCCGAUCUGAGUCCAGACUCAAAGCAGCGACCUGAUUGGCUGUCCUUCCCCCGACCCCCCCGCCCUCAGGUGGAUGAAUGAAGACUCCGUUUAAGAGCCCAGCGGCGCCGCGGCCCCGAGCGGACGGGGGACAUUCCGGCGUCUCUGCAAACAUGAUGAAGAAGAAGAAUCCACACAAGUUCGUCCAGAAGAAGCAGAGGACCAGCGUUGGACCCAGUAAGACUCUGGUUCCGCCCAGGAGGAACAUCGUGGGCUGCCGGAUCCAGCACAUCUGGAAGGAGGGCAGUAAAUCGUCCCAGUGGAAGGGGACGGUUCUGGACCAGGUUCCGGUCAACCCGUCUCUCUACCUGAUCAAGUACGACGGCUUCGACUGCGUCUACGGCCUGGAGCUGUACGCCGACGAGCGCGUGGUCGGCCUGGAGGUUCUGCCCGACAGAGUGGCUCAGGCCCGGGUGAGUGACUCGCUGCUGGCGGAGACGAUGAUCGGGAAGGCGGUGGAGCACAUGUUUGAGACGGAGGACGGGCCGAAGGAGGAGUGGAGGGGGAUGGUUCUGGCCCGAGCCCCAAUCAUGACCACCUGGUUCUACAUCACCUACGAGAAGGACCCGGUUCUGUACAUGUACCAGCUGCUGGACGACUACAAGGAGGGCGACCUGCGCAUCAUGCCCGACUCCAACGAGAACGUGGCGGCGGAGCGGGAGCCGGGCGAGGUGGUGGACAGCCUGGUGGGGAAGCAGGUGGAGUACGCCAAGGAGGACGGCGGGAAGCGGUCGGGGAUGGUCAUCCACCAGGUGGAGGCCAAGCCCUCCGUCUACUUCAUUAAGUUCGACGACGACUUCCACAUCUACGUCUACGACCUGGUCAAGACCUCCUAAGGCCCGGGGCGUCCAGACGGCAGCCGGACUUGGUAGCUCUUUGUUUCUAGAGACGCCUUAACGCGAAGGACGCGGCGCCAGCAGUCAUCGACUCUUCAACCGGACCAAACGGCUGGAACCUGCCUUGGGUUUCCAGAUUAUCGCGGCACAAGCAUCCGUCUUUACUAAGCUUCCCUUCCUGUGACUCCAUCCGGAGGAACGCCUCAUUCCUGACGGCCCUCUGGACCCGAGGCCGGGCGUCUGAGCCCGACGGGGUUAAUGACGGGGUGGGACGGCGACGGGAACACGGAUCCGGACCGCUCUGCGUCUGGGCAAAGACAUUCCCUGUGAAAUUUGUGCCAAAUUGUUGAACUUUUCUAGAGCGUCACUCCAACCGGCUGGUUUUAAGUUCCUGAAGUGAACAUCCGGAUUAUUCCACAUUUAUACUGUAACGGUUUUCCACAGGCCCCGCCCCCCGUCUUCUAAAUGUGGACAAUCAGGACCUCAUAUCGGUAUAAACCCAGAUAACGGUGAACUUUAGACCCUCUGGCAUUUUCAGGAUCUGCUUCUGGACCGAGGAACCUUCCAGAUUCCAGAGCCGACCCUGGAAGACGACAGAGAAGGUUUUCCCAACAGAUCCCUGGAGUUCCUAACAGUCCGAUCCAGAUGAUCCGGAUCAACUGAUUCUGGAGUUCCCAGUGGAGUCUGUUGAUCCAGAGAUGAUCUGGAUCAGUGGAUCCUCAUGGAGGCUGAUCCAGAUCAACGGUUCCUGGAGUUUCUAUCGGAUUCUGCUGAUCCAAAUAUAAUGUGGAUCAGUGGAUCCUGGAGUUUCUGAUGUUGUCUGUUGGUCCAGAGAUGGUCCGGAUCAGCGGAUGGAUCCGGAUCAGUGGAUCCUGGGGUUCCUGUCGAUGACCCGAGUUGCUGCUGUUAUAGUUUACAGUGUUUUUCUUGUACAGUGAUCUUAUGUUGGUGCGUUGGACAUCUUCGGUUCCUCCGUGUCGGUUUCGUUCCCAGUCGGUCCGGACUCGUUGACCGACUCUGGGUCUGUGGAUGGAGGCGCUCUGCAGCAUCCAGUCGGGUGUUUGAAGGAAGUCCUGCUCUUUUCUCUGAUGUAGCCCAUCUUCAGUUUCCCUUCCUCCAACAGAAGCGCUAGCCGCCAUGUUGCCUGAUCCUCAUCUCAUGUGCCUGAAGGACGGAUCCAGACUUUCCUGCUGGCUGGGUUGGGAAGCUUCGCUCCGGCUCCGGCGUUCCUCUCCGGGUGGAUUCUGUUGAAGCUUUCCAGGUUUCAGGAUCUAGAUUUCUAAUCUGCUGAACAUCCAGUUCACCCCAAAACCCAAAUGGUGUCCAGGUCGCUUCUUCUUCUCCUCCAGAUCUCCUCUAAACUAAAGCACAGGUUUUAAUUUUGAUUCAAUUAAACUAACAUCUGAAAACACAGGAAUUCAAACGUUUUCUUCUUUUACUUUUUUUUUUGAAAAUUCAUAAAAAGAUUUAUUUCUAACUUUUUCCCUAAAAAUUUGGACCUUUUGUUUUCUGAAUCAUUUUAUUCUGUUUUUAUCAGAAUGCAGUUUUUUCCCAGAUUUCUGACUUUAAUUUCUAUCAGAAUUGUUUUCAUUUUUUGCGCCUUUCAGUCAAUCUAGUCUUAAAACUCAAAUCUAUUCUGACUGUAAAGCCCAAGUUCUGUGUUUAGAGUCAGAAUCUCUUUUUUACAUUUCAGUGGUUAUAAUUUUCUUCCACAGAAAACAUUUGGACACAUUUUGUUCAUGUUGAGAAACAAACAGAACCUGGAAACUGUAAAUCUGGAGCUAAUCUGGUGGGAUGUUGAAUUAACAUCACAAUCUGGGGAUUAAAGUGGAUCUUUUUAACUAAUUGAAGUUGCAGAUGGAUCUUUUUCUAAGACUUGAUUUAUUGGAUCUUUAUAAAAACUGAUGUUCUGGUUCUGGAGUAAAGAGCAGCUGAAUAAAUCUUCUCUGUUGGGUUCAGAUCAGAUUUCUUUUUAGCUUUUUUUUCCUGGAACUUUAGCGUACAUCAGGAGUUAUUUAUUAUUCUUUGGGAGUUUUUUGAAGGAAUUUCCAGUUUUUUAAAAGGUUUUUCCUGUCGGUUUCCAUUCGGGGCGACUGGAGUCUCAUUCCUACAGAUCAGACCUGAACAUUGGGCCGUUUUUCGGUCGCAGGUUUUCAGGAAGCGUCAUCUGGAUGAAAUCUGAAAGGUUCAUGUCUCGGCUGAGGGCAUCAUAAUGUUUCACUAGUUUUUACUCCAGUUUCCAGAAUGUUGAUGAUUAAUUGAAUUAAAAAGUUCCAGUUUUCAUGAUUACAUUCAAAGUUACAUUUGGACUCAUUACCUUUUUCAGAAUCACUUUCCAUAUCAUAUUUAAUGAUUUAUUUUUUUUCCCAAAAUCAUGGAGUUUAAAGCAGGCGAUAAUUUUUUACACUUUCUUGAAUACAUGAUGGUGCAGCGCCGUCGUUUAGAGAACAGGUGGGAUUUGAACUGAAGGUCUGGAAACACAAAUAUCUGCUACAGUUUCUGUCGUCUGCUGAGGGAUUAGAGGUUUUCAUUUUUAUGGUUCAGAUUCUACAACUUGUUGUGAAAUCCAAAUACUUGUGGAGUCUUGUUUUGUAUUUCUAAAGCAAUCACAGAUUUUUACCUUUAACAUUUUUUUCUAGACAGUCAAAAAUGCACAUCAAAAUCGAGGCCAUAAUUUAAAAACUUAAGGUGGGGCUCUACUAAAAUGUUUAAUGGAGUUAAUUAGAGGGUCAUUAAUUAAUAAAACUAUAUAUUGACAAAAUAAGCAACAUUUUCAAUUCAGAAACUUUCUGCUGAAUAAACAGACAUCUGAGCUCAACAGCAAAUCUAGUUUUUAUUUUGUCCUUCAACCAUCAGAACGCUGACAUUAGCGUUAGCCGCUACAUGGUUAGCAUUGAGAUGCUAACUUAGCCUUAAAUAUCUUCACUGAUAUGCUAACUCCUUUUAAUACAACAACAGAUGUUUCCAGACUAAAGUUAAACCCCGUGGAUCGAGAGAAGCGCCUGUGUCCGCCAUCACUGCUGUUAGCUAGUGCAUCAGUUUUAUGGGCGUACUAGAAAUGUGCAAAUACAAAGGUUCCGGCCGAAAUAUUUCUAUGUAAAAAUAAAAGAAAAAAGAAAGAAUAAUUUUCUUAAAUUUUAAUCAAAACAUUUUCUAUAUACUCAAAUUUUAUUUUAUUUUAUUACCCAUCUGGAUUUUCUAUAGAAUUCCUCUAAUAACAGAUGCUACACGUUGUAGUUUUAGAGCAGAUGAAAUGUUGAUGGGAUUUAAGCAGCUCUUGAAAAUGUAACUUUCCAGAACAUCGGGUCUGGAUAAAUCUGUUCUUUGCAUCCAGAAAACAUCAGAUUUCCCAGAUGUUCACAUUAUCAGCUCCCCAGAUUUAUUCAUCGUUUCUGGUUCUAGAAGGUAAAUUUAGAUUAAAGCGCCUCUGCUGCUCCAGGAAGGUAAAUCAAGAUGAAUCUCCCCUUAUUCCGGUGACUCCAGGGACGGAUUGAUGUGAUCCUCGUUAUUUUCCAGAAACCUCUGGAUCUGUUGUGUGAUUGGACGUGUGUGCUGUAGCGCCGCCUCUGUUCAGAUAGUGUCACUGCAUGCUGCUUUUCUCGCUCUAUGGAAACUGAUGUGUUGCAUGUUCGUAGGUUUCAGUUGUUCGGUUCUCGCCUGUCUGUCGUGGCUUUUUGGUGCCUCUUGUUUCCUUUGGUUUGUUUUGUACCUGAAGCUCUUAUGGGUUGUUGGAUAAAAUAAAAAUGAAAAAGAAAACCCACCCCCGACCAGCGGAAGUGACAGUUUAGCAGGUGAACUUGUGAAGAUGUUGCAGAGGUGAUGAUGGCUGUACAGUUGAUGUUUCAGAGUGCCAACUGCAGAUGCCAGUGUUGUACAGCCGUGUAAAGCUCUAACUAUUUACAUGAAUAAAAACCUGUUUUUCAUACA